CUACGGUGGAAGUUGUCAAGGGGCAUCCCCCCUUUCCAUCUUUAAAUUGCCAACUUUUCUCCGCCACCCCCCUGCGUGCCGUUUCCAACUCUCUUCGACGAAAAGCGAAAGAGACCAAGACAGAGCGGAGGAGCGAUCGUCCGAGGAGGAUGGCGGAAGGUCCGAACUCGUUCGAAUCUUUGAGGAAAUGGGUGGUGGAGCACAAGCUUCGAGCAGUCGGUUGCCUUUGGCUCAGCGGGAUCGCGGGCUCCAUCGCCUACAACUGGUCUCGCCCUAACAUGAAAACCAGCGUUAAGCUCAUCCACGCGAGGUUGCACGCUCAGGCGUUAUCAUUAGCUGCCGUAACUGUAGCUGCGGUGGUCGACAACUAUGAUCAUCAAUCAAAAUCAGAAUCAAACGUGCCCGCAUAAAGAUUAAGGAUUUCCUAUGAUUCUUCCCCAAUGAUAAUGGGCAGUUAAUUCUUGCACCGCAUAGUGUUCCUGUGACGGUUAUUAUUCUUCUCAUAGUCAACUCAUUGGAUGGAUUUACAUAAAGUUACUCAAACCAAUAUUUUCUGUUGAGGCAGAGUUUUAACUGUCUUUUUUCUGGCAAUAUUUCUCAUAUUUUCA